AUGUAUGCCUUCGGUCCUCACAAGACCCUCAGCGAAACUGGAGGCUUUCGCCUAGAGGCCAACGAGGGACCAGAAUACCAGUCUCUGCGCCAAUCCAAACUCGUAUUCCUGGGAGAGCGAAGCGGGAAGACGUCGAUCAUCACCCGCUUUAUGUACGACAGCUUCAACUGCACCGGCCAGGCAACCGUUGGAAUUGACUUCCUGUCUAAGACCAUGUACUUGGAGGACCGAAUAGUUCGACUGCAGCUAUGGGACACAGCUGGCCAGGAGCGCUUUCACAGCCUAAUUCCUAGCUACAUUCGUGAUUCAACUAUUGCAGUGGUUGUCUAUGACAUCACAAACAUCAAUUCUUUUAAGAAAACAGAUAAGUGGGUAGAAGAUGUACGGGCAGAAAGAGGUGACAAUGUUGUCAUAAUGUUGGUGGGUAACAAGAUUGAUCUGAACAACAAAAGACAAGUCUCUGCAGAGGAAGGAGAAGAAAAAUCUAGACACCUCAGCGUGAUGUUUAUUGAGACCAGCGCGAAAACUGGUUACAACGUGAAAAAUCUAUUUCGACGCGUGGCUUCUGCCCUUCCUUCGUCAUGUACUUCACCUCCACUGAAAGAGGAGUAUCCUUUCUACCAGCUUUGCUGGCAUAGGGAGUGUAUAAGCAGAGAAGACAACCUUCCUUUGUUGAGUUGAUGGCCAGGCCAAUUUUUCUGCCUGAGUGGCAUUUAAGAGAAAAUGGAACAAAAUUUAGCCCACAGUAGUUCCUUGGUUUGCCUUCAGGUGAGGGUAAUCAAGAUCAGAUUUUCUCUGCUGUGUCUCCUAUAAGCUUUCCCUGGGAGUUGAAAUUUGGCUUUUCACUUCACUCUAUUACCUUCCUUAACACACACUUCAGUGGUUGAAAUUCAACUGGAGUCCUUUGGGGAGUCAGGCAUCAAAAAUCAUUGUUCCUGUUAAUAGCUUAGGCAGUCUCUUUGCCUAAUUUGAUGCAUUUAUUGCAUUUGGGCUUUACAUACCAGUCCUUUUCCUCCACCCCAAGGAUUAUGGUUUUAAUACUUGACCACUUACUCUCUUCCAAUUCCUGGCUUCAGGAGUAAAACAGAACCCCUGAAAGUGCUAUCAUUUUUUUUUUCUUGACUGCAUCUAACAGCUACUGGGUAGAAGCUUCUUGCAGUAACUGGGAAUUCCAACUAACCUUCUCUGACAGCUAAAAGACAUCUGCACAGAAUGCAGUUCUGCAGCAGCUGAGAUACCUCAAAGGCCAAUACAAUUUAUUCUCCACUGUUUUCUUACCUACGCCUUCAAUAAAUGACUGGUCCUUUAACUCAAGCUAUUAUUGCUUGCGCAUUCUCCACACUAUACCUGUACUUCCACAAUGCAAUUUGCCUGUUGGUGCCAUAACACAGAACUACUCCAAGUAGCUGGAAGUGAGAACUAAUUUAGGACAGGGAGUUUCUGCCUCUUAGGCCUAUGGCACCUGGCUGGGAUUUUUUAAAUUUUGCCAUGUUUAUCAUACUUCUUAGAUGAGUUGUUUUAAAACCUGUUAACCACAGGAAGAGUCUUGAACCUCAACCUUCAAUAGUGUCUUUAUGGAAGUAUUUAAGCCUCUAUUUUCUUUCUCAGUUGACCAUUGGGUGGCAGCAGAGCAAACAGAAGCAUAGAAUAGGAGGGGAUUUCCCAGGACGUAUAGAGACAACUAAAUUAAUUCUACUUCCAGCUUUGCUCUCAAGGUAUGUUGCCACCUAACAAUAGCAAUGAGCCUCUAGAAGA